UAUAUAACAGAAUUUAGAUAUCUUUUUCUAAAAAGGUCUUGCAAACAAAAUUUGUAUUACGCGAAAAUUACUUUUUCUACCAAUUUCAAUUUCAAUUAUUCUAAUUAAUUUGGGUAUUCAGUGCAUUCGAUAUAUUCAAGACAUUUAUCAAGAAUUAUUAUUCGAUUGCUUUCUACCUAUAGAAGGUAUUGAAAGUAACUAUGAUCGUACGAAAAUUGUGUGUAUCAGUACAAGUGUACAAGUUCUGUUAAAGCAUAAUAGUAAUAUUCAAUGUUGCUUUUAAAUGCGCAUGCAUCAGUAAUUGCUAAAAUAAAAGUGCAUAUGAUGAAAAUAAAUUAUACGUAUAGAUAAACCAAAUAAUCUAGUGUAUUCUUAUAUACGAAAGAGUGUAGCAUUUAUUACAAUAUUAACAUGGCUGGUGACAAAGUAAUCGGUGGUUCAUCACUCGUAAAUAGAGAAAAAGUACAUCAAAGUGGUGCUUAUAACUUAAAUCUGAAUUUAGAAGAUGAAUUCACAGAACCCAUUGAGGAUAUUCCUUGCCCUGAAUUUCAGUUUUCGACAGUAGCUUGUUGUUUCUGUAAUGGAUAUUAUGGACCAUGUUUUGAAGAACCUGUUUGCGCAACAUGUCACGCAUUUUUAUUUCCGAAUGAUGUUGGUCUUUUACAAGUUCCCAUUUUCAGUGAAAAAACAGAUGAUGAAGAUUCAGGAAAUGAUGAACCAACAGAACUCUAUUAUAACCAUGAAAGAAGAGCCAGUCAGCAGCAACAAAAUUCUCCACAAAAUGCAAAUUCAAAUGUACCAAACAUAUCAAAUAUUUCUAAUCCUAACUCUCAUACAUCUCAACGUAUUCAUAUGCAAAAUGACAAUAUUUCAGCAACACAGAAAGUACACUAUGGUAUAAAUCCAUAUAACUCUAAAAGUAUAGCAACUAUUUCUCAAAAUGUGCCCCUUGUACAUGAUACACACUCUGGUAAUGUACAAAGUAUGGUAAAUGGAAAUAAUGAAACUCACAAUGAAACCUGUAAAGAAAAAGUUUCUACUCUUGAGAAUUCUCAAUGCAUAGCAGAAAGGAAGCUGCACAGCAUAGUUCCAUUUCAGAGAGUUAAAGAAUUAGAAAAUUAUCAGCAUUGCCAAUGGAAUUACAAAGCACAUGAUGAUGUAGGCGAACCUUCAAGAUCAUAUAGUUUAUCUGAACGAUUAGAAAUGUUAACGAACUAUAAACAUGUUGAACAUGAAUCUGUUUCUGAACCAAGCUUAGUAGAAAGGUUACCACCAGAAGUGCUGUUAGUUGUUUUUUCCCAUUUAGAUGAUGUUAGUCUUUGGUCAGCUGCAAAUGUUUGCCGCAGAUGGUGUGGUUUAUUAUCAACACAUGUAACAUCGCAACAGUGGCAGCAAAAUGUUAAACUACGAUGGCCUUUAUACAAACCUAUUGGAUCUGUUAAAAAUUGGUACAAAGUAUACGAUUUUUUGGCUUCCUCAGCACCUUGCAGGACAUGUUUGGCACAAACUUGUUUAAGAUCGCGAUCUCCGAGAAUCCAAGAAAAUUCUUGGAGAAGAACUCGACUUCAUAGCGAAUUAAAAAGUUUAAGAAGAGAUCCUCCUGAAGGUAUUGAGGCAACUCCUUUAGAUCAGAUGUGUUGCCACUGGCAGGCUACUAUAACUGGACCUGUAGGAAGUCCAUAUGAAGGAGGCUUAUUUUACCUUUAUUUACAAGUACCAUGCAGUUAUCCCUUGUAUCCACCAAUAGUAAGGUUUCUUACCAAAAUACUUCAUCCAAACGUUUCUAGACAUGGUGAUGUUGGUAUAGACUCAAUACAUCAUAAUUGGUCAUUGGCAUUAACAAUUUCAAAAGUGUUAAUUAGUGUUCAAAGCUUACUUACGGAUCCAUAUUGUCAGGUUUGUAUGGAGCCAGAGUUGGGUGAAAUGUACUUGAACGAUCGUGAAAGAUUCGAUGAAAUCGCCAGGGCAUGGACAUGGAGAUAUGCUAUGCAUGAUGUUGUGACGCCGUCAUAAAGAACUCCAAAUAAACUGUUUCGUACAUGCA